AUGGCAGACGUUGGAAAUGCCACAAUGGCUGAUUCGCCGGAGACGGUGAAAUCACGAGACAAAGUCCAUCAUACUGUGACCGCUUGCGUGAGAUGUAGACAAAGGAAGACACGAUGCGACCCGACCCUGCCCCGCUGCGAGCCCUGCGAGAGAAGUAACGCCCAUUGCGAAUAUUACGACUCGGCCAAAAAUCGGACCAUACCGCGGACAUACAUCACCUCUUUGCAAGAGACGGUCCGUCGACUGAAUGAGGAGUACAAGGCACUGGAGAAAGAGGACGACUACGAACCUGACCAUGAGUCCAUGGCGCGGGCCGCAGGUCUGGUGAGAUUCACUGAGAAGGAUGAGUGUCGAUUCUUGGGCCCAUCUAGCGGCAUUGCCAUCACGCGCUUCGUGAUGGAGUUUGCGAAACAGAACUCGUCCCGGAGAAUGAUCAAGGAUGUCGUACCACAUCAUGCCGCCCAAGAGAUCAAAGACAAGUUCGACGCUGAGAGCAGUAAGCCCACCUCCAAGGUGUAUCCUCUCAUUAGUUCGGUGGCCGCACCUGAUCUCCCAAACCGAGAACUCAUGGAACGCUUGGUUUCAAUAUACAUGGUCAAGGCCCAGUACAUGUUGCCGCUCCUCCACGAGCCUUCGUUCCGUCGAGACCUCGAGACCGUAUACAACGGCACGGCUGAUACGACCCUCAACUUUCAAGUCCGUCUAGUCGUCGCGAUCAGUAUGCAAAAGCUCGAUAAACAAUACGCUGGUCUUGCCGACAGUUACUACCUGGCGGCGCUACCUUUUAUGCCGGGUGCUGUUGAGAAAAUGGACCUGUCUACCUUACAAUGCUUUGCGCUUAUUGCGCAAUACUCAUUGCUAACCCCCACAAGGACAGCCGCAUACUGGGUUGUAGGAGUCGCGGCAAAGCUAUGUCAGGAUCUUGGUCUUUGUGAAGAGGAAACAAUCCACAGACCGCCAAACGGGUCGCGACCGAAUGCCCUUGAAAUCGAUAUGCGCCGGAGACUUUUCUGGAUCAUCACGUCCAUGGAGUACGGUUUGUCUCACAGCUUGGGAAGGCCGAGCGCAUUCGGCGUGACCGUCGAUAAUAUCAACGUCAACUUUUUCGAGCUUUGCGACGAUCGCUUCAUCAGCGCGGAUGGGUUGCUGCCUGGACAUCACCCAAUCAUGAAGAAAUGUAUUUCCAUUCACUUUCUCAAGAUGAGACUGCUCCAAGCGGAGAUCAGACGGACCUUAUACCUUCGAAAGCGAGAUACACCGACCUCAGAUACGGAUCCUUGGUUCCAUCAAAUGCUCAAAAAGAUCGACGACUGGGUCCGAGACUGUCCCAAAAAUGACGAAGGGUCCGGCCUGAGUGAAACUUGGUUUAUUGGUCGCAAGAACACAAUGAUCGUCUUCAUGUAUCGACCCUCACCCCAAAUACCUACUCCAUCCCUCGAAGCAGCCCAGAAAUGCUACUCAGCGGCUAUCUUCAAUAUCCAGAUGCAGAAGCGCCAAGCCGAAGCAAACCUGAUAGACAUCACCUGGAUUUUCACCCAGGCGAUCUUCAUGGCUCUCAAUACCGUCCUAUGGUGCCUGUCUUAUCCAAGUAUCAGACAGCAACAUACUAUCGAGGAAGCCCAAAUGCACAUUCAAGAUGCUCUGACAGCGAUCGAUCUCUGCGCCGACCGGUGGCCUGGCGUCCGAUCCGCACAGCAACUCUACGAGAACCUUGUGCUCGGCUGUCUCAAGGCUUACGACGCCGACAAAACAGGCGAAUCCCCAGCUACGUCGGACUACGUAAGCACGACCACGCAGGACAUCAGUUCCUCGGCAUCAGGUUUUGCCAACAGCCCUGCCAGCACAGCAAACACCUCUCUAUACGGUGCACAAUCACCUCAAUCGAUUCACAGCGUCCACACAGCAGGCACCAUCAAUCAGACCUUCCAACCACAGCAGGCGUCAAGCGGUUACAAUGACCAGUCAAAGCAACCACAAUCGUACCAGCCAGAGAACGUCCAUCAGACUUCUCAACCACAGAAUCUAGACACACAAUAUAUACCACACAACGUUCCCCGCUAUGACGCACAGUCUAUGAUCUACAGUCUCCCAGGCUUCGAUCCACAUGCGGCUGCGAACUACAUCAACACGACGCAAGGUGGUACCCCUUGGACGUCGGCGGCCAUGGUACCAGGCGUGAUCCCAGGUAUCAAUGGCUCCCCGGACACGAAUUACGACGACUUGCCGUACCUAGCGCCCUUUGGCCAAGAGUACUCACGAUACAUGCACCAGUCAUUCCCGCCUACAUACCAGAUGCAGUCGCUCAGCCGGCAGCAGCAGAUGGAACUGAUGGCCUCACUGGAACAAAGUCAAUUGCCCGACGUUUCCAACUUGGUCAGCGAUGCAACAACUUUCUACACGGCUGCAUUGCCCUGA